AUCCCUCCUCUCUUCCCUCUCCCUCUACCCAUUUCUCUACUCAACAAUAAAAUAAUAAAUAAAAAACUAGAAACAAAUCGAAAUCCAGAUCCCGAGCCAGUUUCUAAAUUAUUCUCUGCCACCUCAGCAUCCCCUCCUCCUACGGAAUCUGUCGGAAUCCCAUUUCCCUUCUUAUUUUCUAGAGAGAGAGACAGAGAAAUCUAGAGGGUGAGAGAGCGCGCAAAUCCAUCGAUGGCGUCCUUGUCUUUUACCGGUUCUCUUUCUCAGAGCUCGUUUCUGAGGUCCUCACGUGCGGUCCUCACGUGCGCCGCCACGUGACCGCCGGAGGGCUGUUGGGUUUCGGGUGCGGGCGGAGGCGGCUGGAUCGGAGCCGGAUCUUAGGGUUCGAGUAAAUGGGUUGGAGAUGCCGAACCCGUUUGUUAUCGGGUCGGGUCCGCCGGGGACUAAUUAUACUGUUAUGAAGAGGGCGUUUGAUGAGGGUUGGGGUGCUGUCAUCGCUAAAACGGUAUCCUUGGAUGCUGAAAAGGUUGUAAAUGUAACACCCCGUUAUGCUCGGCUUCGAGCAGCGGGAUCAAAUGGCUCAGCAAAGGGACCAAUUAUCGGGUGGGAGAAUAUUGAACUCAUCAGCGACCGACCUCUUGAGACUAUGCUUAAGGAGUUCAAGCAAUUGAAAGAAGAGUAUCCAGACAGAAUUCUCAUUGGUUCAAUAAUGGAAGAGUAUAACAAAGCUGGAUGGCAAGAACUCAUCGAACGAGUUGAGGAGACUGGAGUGGAUGCUCUUGAAAUAAAUUUUUCAUGUCCACACGGUAUGCCAGAGAGAAAAAUGGGUGCUGCAGUUGGGCAAGACUGCGCAUUGUUAGAGGAGGUAUGUGGGUGGAUAAACGAGAAAGCCACUGUACCUGUUUGGGCUAAGAUGACUCCAAAUAUAACAGAUAUUACACAGCCAGCUAGAGUGGCUUUGAAAUCAGGAUGUGAAGGAGUUGCAGCCAUUAACACAAUUAUGAGUGUAAUGGGUAUUGAUUUGAAUACAUUACGUCCUGAACCUUGUGUUGAAGGGUUCUCCACUCCUGGGGGGUAUUCUUCAAAGGCAAUCCAUCCUAUUGCCCUUGGCAAAGUUAUGCAAAUUGCGAAAAUGAUGAAAUCAGAAUUUGAUGGUAACAACUUAUCACUUUCUGGCAUCGGGGGAGUUGAGACUGGUGGCGAUGCUGCUGAAUUUAUUCUGCUUGGAGCAAAUACUGUUCAGGUUUGCACGGGUGUCAUGAUGCACGGUUAUGGCAUUGUGAAGAAGCUCUGUGCUGAGCUGCAGGACUUCAUGAGAAAGCACAACUUCUCUUCAAUAGAAGAUUUCAGAGGGGCAUCUCUCCCAUACUUCACUACUCAUAUGGAUUUGGUUAGUCGGCAACAAGAAGCCAUCAAACAGAGAAAAGCUAUUAAGAAAGGCUUGCAAUCGGACAAAGACUGGACAGGAGAUGGAUUUGUGAAGGAGUCUGAAAGCAUGGUUUCCAACUAAAUCACGUCGUGAACUUGAUAACUCUUCUUAUUGAUGUAACUUUGAUUUUGUGCAUGUUGUCGAAAACUGAUGUGGUAAAUAAGACAAACAAAAUUAUGGUUGAACUGGUACUCAGAAAGAUUAAAUGGUAGAAUAAAUGUGCAUGCAUGUUGUCAGUUUGAUUU